AUGGAUACGGAAGAAAGAGCACUUCCGUUUACUCCAAUUUCACUGGACAACUUCAAGCCCACUCCAAGUCGGCAUUCAGACAGAGCUUCACAUAGGCGAGAAUAUUCACCAGACUCGCAAAGCAGUUACCAUUCCCGCCACAGUGAGGAUAAAUAUCGAUAUUCAGAUCAAAGAUCAAGACAUAGUGAUCGUAGGUCCAGAGAUUCUUCCAGCAGGCAUCAAGAAUCAUGGUCCAAAAGUUCUGAUAGAAAAAAUCACAGAGAAGAUUUUUCAAGGCGUGCAGACGAUAUAUCCACUUCGGAAGGCCCUGAGGGCCAUCAAAUACUAUUGGCAGCAGAUAAGCCAAAAGUGGUUUCCAGAGCAGCUGCUCUUCGCCGACUUAUGUAUGACAAGGACAAUCAAAAGUGGGAGCUCAAUCGUCUCGAAACAAGUGGCAUAAGCACUGGAGAGAUUUUGGAAAGCCCCAGGAGAUACACUACUCGCAAUGAGAUUGAUGAAGAUCAUAGACAUACACGGUCGUAUCUGAUUGCAAAAGAGGCGCAUCCUGUUUUCCUUUCAGGCUGGUCAUUGCCCAUGGCACGCGGCAUUGGACAGCCUUCCGGGAUAAUUCUUCCAGUAAGAGAUCCUACCUCCGAUAUGGCUACCUUUGCAAGAAAGGGUUCAGCGCUCGUACGUGCCGCGCGUGAACGGAAAGAGCGACAGCGGGUUUUGGCAUCGCUUGAGGGUGGAGGAACAACUUUAGGCCGCAUCCGCGGUGUUCCCGCGAACGAGGAGAGCGUUGAGGGUGAUGGAAGAGAGCGCCCAGGUGAAGAGCUAAUCAAUGCAGAGGUGGAAAAUGAGCCUCUACCCUCAAUUGGAAGCUCCGAUUUUUCACGCUCAAAGACAAUCAAGGAGCAAAGGCAGUUUUUGCCUGCUUUUGGUGUAAGGGACACCCUUUUGCGCAUGCUACACGACCAUCAGAUUAUGAUUGUAGUCGGGGAAACUGGCUCAGGAAAGACAACUCAACUGACUCAAUAUCUUCACGAGGUAGGGUACUCUCUCCGCGGCAUCAUUGGAUGCACCCAACCACGUCGCGUUGCAGCGAUGUCUGUUGCCAAGCGUGUUGCUAGCGAGAUGGGCACGACUCUGGGAGAUCAGGUUGGAUAUGCCAUUCGAUUUGAGGAUGUGACAUCCCCUACUACCAAAAUCAAGUAUAUGACGGACGGCGUUCUGCUGCGAGAAUCGCUUCGUGAUCCAGACUUGGAGGAAUAUUCUGCCAUCAUUAUGGACGAGGCCCAUGAGCGCUCUUUGCAUACCGAUGUGCUGAUGGGUAUUCUCAAACAAAUUGUUGGGCGCCGUAGGGAUCUCAAACUGAUCGUGACCUCGGCGACCAUGAAUGCGGAGCGGUUUUCCGAUUUCUUUGGGCGUGUCCCGAUUUUCAAGAUCCCAGGACGCACUUUUCCGGUGAGCACCUUUUAUUCAAAGGUUCCUUGCGAAGAUUAUGUCGAUGCUGCUGUUCGAAAAGCCCUUGAAAUUCAUAUUUCGUCAGGGCCUGGAGAUGUUUUGAUUUUCAUGACUGGCCAGGAAGAUAUUGAAGCAACAGUCUCCACACUACAUGAGCGGCUGGAGGCAUUGGAAGAGGGUAUCCCAAAGCCGGCGAUUCUUCCCAUUUAUGCUAAUCUGCCCUCAGAGCUGCAGUCAAAGAUAUUUGAAGCCGUUCCCGGUGGAAUUCGCAAAAUUGUAGUGGCCACCAACAUUGCGGAGACUUCGUUAACGGUUGACGGCAUUGUCUUUGUCAUCGACUCUGGCUAUUGCAAACUCAAGGUUUAUAAUCCAAGAGUGGGCAUGGACGCCCUGCAAGUCGUGCCGAUAUCCCAAGCAAAUGCCAAUCAACGCGCUGGACGUGCAGGCCGAACUGGGCCAGGAACCUGCUUUCGCCUGUAUACCGAGUCUGCAUAUUACCAUGAGCUAUUGGAGGCAACGGUGCCGGGGAUUCUUCGCACCAACCUGUCAAACACGGUUCUGUUGUUGAAGAGCUUGGGUGUGAUCGACCUUUUUUCUUUUGACUUUAUGGAUGCGCUCCCACCAGAUGCGCUAAAAACAGCCAUGUUUCAACUAUGGAUGUUGGGUGCGUUAGAUGACGAAGGCGCCCUUACCCCGGCCAUUGGCAAGAAAAUGGUUGAGUUCCCUUUAGAACCUUCUUUGGCGCGAAUGGUACUCUCAGGUGUAGAGAUGGGCUGUGCUGCUGAAAUCCUUGUCAUUGUAUCUAUGCUUUCUGUGCCGCCAAUCUUUUUCCGGCCGAAAGAGCGUGCCGAAGAAGCUGACGGAGCAAGAGAAAAAUUCUAUGUAGGCGAGUCGGACCAUCUAACUUUGCUUCACGUUUAUUCUCAAUGGCGGUCGCACGGAUACUCCGAUGUCUGGGCCCAUCAGCACUUUCUGCAUUCAAGACUGUUGAAAAAAGCCCGAGAAGUAUAUACACAACUGUUGGAUAUUCUUACCAGGCAACAAGGGCUAGCUGUCCAGUCCUGUGGCCCAAACUGGGAUAUCGUCAGAAAGGCCAUUUGCGCAGGAUAUUUUCACCAGGCUGCUCGCGCAAAGGGCGUGGGAGAAUUUGUCCACUGUCGCACAGGCAUGCCGUGCAAGUUGCAUCCGACAAGCGCACUUUACAACCUGGGUGCCUUGCCUGAGUAUGUCGUAUAUCAUGAACUCAUCAUGACAUCCAAAGAAUAUAUGAUGUGCGUCACUGCCGUUGACCCUGCGUGGCUCGCUGAAUUGGGACCCAAGUUUUUUGCCUUGCGAGAAGAGGAAGGCGGAAACGAGGUGCUCGCUGAUGGCACCAUUACAUCUACCCCGCUUUAUAAAAGCCUGCGCAAGGGUGCUGGAUUCAGCAGCCGGAGUAGCAGCUAUACGCUACAUGGCAGUACAACACCGACCGAUAAUGAUGUGCCCGAAAGGGCUGAAAACAAGUCCAACCCACCAGCACCGCCUAGAUGGGUUGAUGUGGCCAAGCCGCUGAGACUGCCUGCAAAGGGCACUAAUAAAACUAAUUAA